AUGGCAAGUUUGAGAACAGCCAUGGACGCCACGUUCUGUGACCUCAACAUUUCAACUCCGCAAGCAUUCCACGGCGUAGCUCGGGCCGUCCCAGGGGAUCCUCCCCCCCUCGACGGCGCAAGGGCCAGCAAAGUCCUCAGAAUCCAGCAGCUUUCCUUGUUAGGAAAUGGGUUUCCUCUGGGUGUCAUUCCAUUAAUUUCGCCAUCCCCUAAUCAUAAGGAGUUAGGCUCUCUCGCGCUGCAAUCUCUCAUCGGAAAAGUUUGUAUGGAUGACUGUUUUGUUGAACCUGAUGAAAAGGAAAGUGAAUCAAGGUGGGUUGGACUAGUUGGGCAAUUUCGUCCCAAGAAAUUGUUAUCGUCUAUUAAAGCUGAAGCUUCAGCUGCCAAGGAUUGGCAGCUGCCACUCCUUAAAAAUUCGGCUAAGCAUUUCCUCGAUAAAUCACUCUAUAAGAUUGGCUUAUGCACACAAAUAGCACUAACUUCAUCAUCUUCUUUGCUUUUUAGCACUGAAAAUCAUGGUGAGGGAAAAAAACGACGCACAAAGGCCAUGCUCGUUCACCAGGCAAAGAUAGAUGCUCGUCUGGAUAUUUGUUCGGCCUCAUCUUUAGCCAAGGGUCUUUUCAGUAAUCCACCACAAAAUGAUUUGUCCUCUCCCAAACUCAAUCUCAUUUUCCAGCAACAGGUUCUUGGGCCAAUUGUAUUUCGGGUCAACUCAAGAUUUUCGCUCGAGAAUUCGUCUGGAAGACCCAAGCCCCAGCUUGAAGAUGUGAUAUACAGCCUGAAUUACGCGCUAAGAGCCCUCAGAUCAGGAAAAGUGGUUGCGUGGUAUUCUCCUAAGCGGAAAGAGGGAAUGAUUGAGUUACGACUCUUUGAGUUCUGA